AGACUAUGAACGUGAUGUUAAGAAUAAGCUCAGAUGUGUCAUGCGGUCCCAAAAUAACUUUUUGAAAGAUCAUUGGCACAUCCACUGUUUUGUCCUUUUCUAUCCAUGUCUUAGGGCUGGACAAACGGUCCAAGCCCGAUCCGGAACCGGCAUAACCGGAAAAAAAAAUGAAAAGGGAUUGGGCUGGGUCGGUUAAACGGUUUAAUCGGUUGGUCCAAACAGUUUAAUAUGGGUAGCAUUGGACCGGUUCGGACCUAUAUAUAUGAACCAUUUAAAACCGAACCGAACCGGUUUAAUUCACAAUUUUACAUGCUGGCAAUUUCACAAAGGCCCUAGCCUUUUUCCAUUCAGACUCAGCAAAACACACAUUUCCUCACUUUUCUCAUCUCACGCUCUCUCACUUUCUCUUCAAGAACUGUUCAUCUUCUCAAACCCUAAUCCACCGUCGCCGCUGCAAAAACCUUAAUAUGGCAUAGAUCCUUCUUCUAAACCGUGUAUAUUGUUCACUGAACUCUUCUUCAUCAUCUUCUUUAAGAUCUCUGAUUCUUCUAAAAAACUCUAAUCAGGUAAUGUUACUUUUCUGUUUGAUUCUUGAUUUAAUAGCUAAUGUUAUCUCUCUGAUUCUUGAUUUAUUUGUAUUAAUUAUUUUGUUGGAUUUUGUUUUGACAUGUUUUAUUAUAUGGACUGGAAAUUGGAAAGAUGGAGCAAGGAGAUAGUAGUAGAGAAGUACCACCAGUUGGGUUGGAAAUUAUGGAGCAAGAACAAGAGACUGCAACUGAGGCUCUUAUCCCUCCUAUUGACCAUAGUAGAAAGAGAAGGAGGCCUAAUGCGGAUGGUCCCAAGAAAAAAUCUUCAUGUUGGGACCAUUUUAUCGAAUUAACUGAUGUUGUGGAACGAACUGCUGCCUGUAAGCAUUGCCAUAAACGAUAUAGAUGUGAUCCUAAAUCACACGGAACGUCUAACAUGCUCGCCCACUCCAAAAUUUGUUACAAAAAUCCUUACCUAGAAAAUGACCUGAAACAAACCAACCUUGCUUUUGGUAGUGGUGGCUUGAUUUCUGUUAGCCCAAAGUUUGAUAAAGAAGCUUGUAGAAAGGCAAUAACUCUGUUUGUUAUCCUUGAUGAACACCCAUUUAGAGUAGUUGAUGGUGAGGGUUUUAUAUUCUUAUGUAAUCAAUUAGAACCACUUUGACUAUCCCAUCUAGGAGGACAGUUGCUAGGGAUUGUUUUCAGUUGUAUCUAGAUGAGAAGUUGCGAUUGAAAGCUUAUUUUAGGUCUGAUUGCAGCAGGGUAGCACUUACUACAGAUUGUUGGACUUCCAUUCAAAACCUUAGCUAUAUAACAGUUACAGCUCACUUUGUUGACAAUGAUUGGAACUACCAAAAAAGAAUCAUUAGCUUUAGUUUAGUUCCUAAUCACAAAGGGGAGACCAUUGGUAGAAAACUUGAGGAUGUAUUGAGGGAAUGGGGUCUUAGAAAUGUGUCUACAAUCACUGUUGACAACGCAUCGUCCAACGAUGUAGCUGUAGCAUAUUUAAAGAAAAGGGUUCAUAUCAAGAAUGGAUUAAUGGGUGAAGCUGAUUUUUUUCAUAUGCGCUGCUGCGCACAUAUUUUGAAUUUAAUUGUUAAUGAUGGAUUGAAAGAACAAGAUUCAUCUGUGUCAAGCAUUCGUAAUGCUGUGAGAUUUGUGAGAUCUUCACCACAAAGGGCAUUGAAAUUCAAAGAGUGUGUUGAAUUUUCUAGGAUUACUUGUAGGAAACAUCUAUGUCUCGAUGUUUCCACGAGGUGGAACUCGACAUACAUGAUGUUGGAUGCUGCUGAGAAGUUCCAAACAGCAUUUGAAAAAUUAGAAGGAGAAGAUGUAGGGUAUGUGGAAUGGUUUGGACGUCAUGGUCCUCCUUGCUAUACUGAUUGGGAAAAGGCUAGGGCCUUUGUGAAAUUUUUGAAAAUUUUCUAUGAAGCCACCAAGGUAUUUUCUUCAUCUCAACAAGUGUCAUUGCACACUGCUUACCACCAAUUAUCAUCUAUUUUUGGUGAGCUUCAAGAAGCAUCUAUGAACUUGAACUCUGAUUUAGCCUCAGUAGGACAUGAGAUGAAGCGUAAGUACGAUAAAUAUUGGGGAGAGGAAAAGAACAUCAAUCAAUUUCUUUAUUUUGGAGUGAUUUUUGACCCUCAUUAUAAGUUUAGAUAUAUUGAGUGGUCUUUUGAUCAAGUUCACGGGGAAGGGACCGAAAAAUCUAUGAAAAUGGCCAAAAAUGUCAAGGAUAAUUUGUUUAAAUUGUACACCUGGUACAAAUCUGCCCAUGACCAAACUAAUGUGACCAUUCGGUCAUCCGGUCCAUCAGAUAAUCAAUCUGUUGUUGAUGCUCAACCUAGAAAUUCUUCACAUUUUCUAAGGGCUGAUGCAUUUAAGCAACAUUUGAAGGAUAAAGAUACCAUUGAUAAAAAAAAUGAACUUGAGAGGUACUUGAAUGAUCCUUGUACAAAUGAUAAUGACAAAUCAUCCAUUCUAACUUGGUGGAAACAAAAUAAACCUCGUUACCCAAUCCUAGCAGCAAUGGUGAAAGAAAUUUUGGCCACCCCUGUAUCAACCGUAGCUUCGGAGAGUGCAUUUAGCACCGGGGGGAGAGUUUUAGAAUGUUAUAGGAGCUCUUUGAGUCCAGCAGUGGCUGAAGGGCUGAUAUGUACUCAGAACUGGUUGAAGCCAGCUCGUACAUAUUUCAAAGACAUCAAUUACAUAGAAGAGUUUGGGAUAACUGAGGAAAUCAUAUCAGAAUUUCAACAAUGCUUCAUAACCGCAAAUAUUGGGGCUGCUGGAGCUGGAGCAGCAGUUGGAGGUGCUACUGGUGCUGCUGUAGGUUCUACUCAAACACAACCAAUAGGUUGUGAUUGAGAAAUAUGAUGCUUCUAAUUUUUUUGAAAUCAUUUUGAUAUUUUGGAGUCAUAUAUGACUUGUACAUCUUGGCACAACACAUAAUUAUAUUUUGUAAGCCUUUUUUGGGAGGUCAAAUUUUCUGUGAUGAAUCUUGGCACUCACUCAAGCUUCAAUGAAAUUAGAUUAAGAUGUUUUGCUUGUUGGAAUUUGGCAUUUUGUUUUCAAAUGUUUGGCUUGCUUACUAUGAGACUGCUCAUUUGUCAAAGAGUUGUGAAUUGAAAGCCACAAAACUCUAUAACAGUAAGUAACGGUUCCAAGCAACAUUAAAUUUCCUUGUAGUUGUGAUUGAGGGUCAAGCUCUAGAAUAGGCAUUGCUGAGUUGAACCAUGGGAAAGUGAAUGCUCAAUAGAUUUAAUUGGUGUACAAACAAUAGGUUCCGUUGAUAUCAAGGUUCAGCAUAUGCAGAUUCAACAUACCCCAAUUCAACAAAUAUGCCAAUUCAACAAUGCAUAAUGGUUUAUCUAUAUCUUUAUCUCAAGAACUACAAUCACAAUAUUUGUCCUUCUUGUUGGAUGAAUUAUUGAUCAUGUUGCUUGUUGGAUGGUUUUAAACUUCUUUGAUACUCACUAUGGAUGAUUGUAAUUAUAACUUUAGAUGUGUUGUGUCUAUAUUAAUAGUGUUGUUAUAAUGCUAAAUGUUAAGAUAA